AUGUUGAAAGCCAAGGCUACAACUAAGGCCGCCGCUAAAAAGCCUACCACUGCUAAAAAGCCUACCACCGCUAAAAAGCCUACUACCGCCAGCCCUAGCCCUAGCCCUAGCGACGUACCGAUGGCUAAGAAGACGACCGGCAAGACUAAGCCGGCAAAGCAGCCGGCCACCGGAGAGAGCCGUAAGGGUACUGCUUAA